GAAUACCUGGCCAGUUGUGAGAUACUUUGAGACUUUAUGCUCAAAGGUAGUUGAAGUCAUACCUAAUUAUAUUCAUACGAAUGAGGACUUAUAUGAAUGCCAACAAUGUGCAUCAAGUUUAGAUGCAUCUUAG